AUGUCUGACUACAAAGCCCCCAAGUUCGGCUCUCCCGUAUGGAUUGGCAUCGCCGCAGCCGAGGUCUCGCGAGCCCACGACUUCUAUUCGGCCGUCUUCGGCUGGAAGUUCAAAGACACGCCCACCAUCGACGGCAGCAGCACGGCCGACGAGAUCCGGCAGUUCGACUUCCGGCCCGACGUGGGCCUGGGCGGCGGGAUCCUGCGCGUGCCCCGGCCGUCGGGCACCGCCUUCGCCGCGGGCCACGGCGGCGUGUGCAUCUACUGGCUGGUCGAGGACAUUGACAAGAUCAGCGAGGCGAUCGAAAGUGCGGGCGGGAAGAUGGUCGGCGCCACGGAGAAGGAGGGCGCGUCGGGGCUGUAUCGGUUGUUUGAGGACACCGAGGGGAACCUAGGUGGUGUUUACCAGUCUCUUGGUUAG